CUCAAUUCAAAGCUGGAGUCAUUGGAUAUAAGCCUUAAAAUAGCUCUGCAGAGGGUAUAUAGGAAGUCUCCUCUGACGUGCCCCAUCAGAUGACAGUUCUGUGCAACAGCAAUGAUAUUGUGUAGUAACUAUUAAGAGCUGAGACCAUCCCAACAGACAGUUGAGAAGAAAAGAGCAGGGAAUUUGGAAAUGCUGUCAUGCAGACUGGAGACUAAAGAGAUAAGGACACAAAAAAGACACUGAGCUGUCUUUGGACUUCUGCAAUCUCUUGGAUUUCUCACAUUCCUCCUCCUGGCUCACAGCGGAGGAGGUGGCAGAACUGUGAUUACCGCAGGGAUGAAGUUCAGCUACCAUGUACCAGCAUCAACAUACUCAAGCAGGUCUCUGUACACACCAACAUAUCACAGCCCCACCCAUUACACACCCACUCACUACACACCCACAUACGCUUCCACGACAAAGUACACUCCGACGCACUACAGCACCACACAUUACACCCCGUCACACUACACAUCCAGCUACAAGUCGGCAUCAGGAUACUCACCUUCAUGCAGCAAAGGGCCUCAGUCCAGUGCAAAACCCCGUGUACAAACACGGGAAAGUCCGGCACCUGUAAGACCCGCUGCACCGGCAAAGAGAACUGUGCACUUCCCCAACGACAUCAUCUUCCAGGAUAUUGUCAGACGUGGAGACUUAGAGCAAAUCGGCCGAUUCAUGAGAGCAAGGAAGGUUCGUGUGGAUACUAUCUUCCAUUCAGGUAUGGCGGCACUACAUGAGGCUGUGCUAACUGGAAACCUUGAGGUUGUCAAGCUGUUGGUGAAAUAUGGAGCUGAUGUGCAUCAGAGAGAUGAGGAUGGUUGGACGCCACUUCAUAUGGCCUGCAGUGACGGCUACCCAAAAAUUGCCAGCUAUCUGCUGUCAGUGGGAGCCAGCCCAGAGGCAAAGAAUGAAAGCGGAGAGAAACCUGCAGACCUCAUCGACCCCGAGUGUAAAGAGCUGGCCAAACUGUUUGAAGCUGGCUGUGUGUGACUGACAGAAAAUGGACCCAGAGAACAAUGGGAAGAAAAUACAGAAAGCAGAGCAGCUCGUUGAAA